AUGCACGCAUGUGUCCUUUCAGAGGGUGACCAUGACUGUCAGUCAGGGGUGAGGGAAAGCUGCCAGAGAUAUGAGGAUAUGUAUCAGCGUGUAUCAAACUUCAUCGUUUCCGAGGAGUGGUGGAAUCUGAAUUCCACCCGAAAGAGGCCGGCCAAAGUGGGCGCUUUCUACUUGGCAGCCUGGCUUGCUCAGCUCGAAGUGGAGGGCAACACGAUCUUUGUGGUCCUGGGCCGCCUGCCCCCCUUGAGCGCACCGGCGGGAAGCGACAAACAUCUCUUGGAGAACUUCCACGAACUCGCAGACCUCCGGCGUCGCGCCGAGACAUCGGGAGGCAACCCCGUGGCGCACGAGCCGGACUCGGAGGAUGAAGGUGCGCAGUGGGCGCAAGCCAUGGCGGCCGCUGAGACGGAGAUUGGUGGCCGCAUUGAGAGCAAGCCGAGGAUUUCCGUGGAGCAAGCCUGUGCUGGGAUGAGGGAGAUGGGUUUCAAGACCAACCAGAUUGAAAUCGCUCUCCGCCUCGCAAGUGGGGAUGGAGAGGUGGCGUCGCAUUUUCUGGUCAUCAUGGAGCCUCUAGAGGACCGAAAGGUCCUGGAGGAUCCGACGAGCUGGGCCAAGCUGAUCCAGGCUUCAGUGCUGGGCUUAGAUUUGGACCAUGCCUCGAUGGAAGUGCUCGUGCAGGGUAUGCUGCGGAUCGCCACUUUGUUGGACUCUCCACAGGACCUGCCUGUUGGACUCUCACCAUGUUUUGAUAGGAAUGACUUUUCCCAGAGAGAAACAACCAGCUGCUGGUGGAGCCAACCAGCUCCCUACUUCAGUAGCUUGUCGAAGAUCUCCAAUCCCAGCCAUGGCACCAUCCCGAGCAAAGAACAUGGUCGCAGCCUGAGAAAUUGCCCGGAGGUCAUUGGAGGUGCUGAUAAGGGCGGCAUUUUGGUGCGAGAAGGUCAAGCGCUGUCGUCCAAGGCUUGCGAGGAGCGCCUCUCCAUGGGCGCUCGGGUGAAGGAGCUGCAACUGCUGGGCGAGCGGCUGCGCCACGAGUUGGUCGAUGGCCUCGGACCACAGAGUGGCUGGGUGAGCGUCAAGAUCAGCGGCAAGGAACUGCUGAAACCUGCCCAAGCACCAGUGGAGGAGGUCGUGCUGCCUGACUUUGAGCAAUUGGAAGAUGGCUAUCCUUCCAUGAAGAAGGGCACUGCGGCCACUGGCACUACACCUUGGUUGACGCGCUUGGGCAAGGCGAAUCCGGAGGCCACAGGGCGUCUGGUGAUUUUUUCCUGGACCGGCAAUCGCGGGGGACAAGGCUCAGCGCACAACUUCCAGAGAGCACCCGGCAGGUGGUCAGAGUUGUUGAAAGAUUGGGAGCAAUUUGAGGUGAGCUAUCCAGGCCGCGGCAGGCGGAUGAAAGAUCCCUUGAACUCCGAUUGCGACGCAUACGUCAAGGACAUUGCCACGGCCCUUGAGGAAGCUCUGAAAGGAGGGCUGCCAGUGAUGUUUCUAGGCUUUUCGUUUGGUUCCAUUUUGGCGAUGGAGGUAGCAAGGCGGCUCCAGCAGUUGGAGCUGGGCCCCCUGGGCGUCGUGGCGGUGUCGGCCGAGGGUCCCACCUGGCCGCGGAACCAGGGGCUGGGAAGGCUCAACGAGGCGCAGUUUGAAAAGAUGCUGAAAGACAAGGGGGGAACUGAGUUCAUUUUGCAGGAUCCUGGCAUGAAGAAAAUGUUCGUGCCAGUGAUCACCGCAGACUGCAAGCUGGAGGAGAACUAUAAAUUCGACCCCUCCUUGGGUCCACUGAAAUGCCCUGUGCUGGUCUUCUACGGCACCAAGGAGGGACACGACAAGAUGAAGACCAAGAUUAGCGCCGAGUCGUUGGACUCAUGGCUUCAAAUCUCAGCGUGUAGGAGUCGCUCCAAGGUCCAGGCGUUGGAUUGUGACUGGUACAUCUUCCAAGAGGCCAAGGCCGUGGAAGACGUGGCCCAAGGUCUUUUGGACUUUACCAAGUAA